UGGGUCGGCCAGACCGUCAGGGAGGGAUCUGCCCUGGACACUGGCACAUCGGACAGAGGCCGUGGCACACGGUCCUCACCCUCAUCCCCACCGUCUGUCACCGGGCACGGGCUCUGACAGCCAACCCGCUUCGUCUGCUCCGAACUCCGUGGGGCUUCCCGCGCCUGCCCUUGCUCCUCCGGCGGCCCUGCUGCCCCCAAGGCCCCUCGGCCACAGGUGGCUGCUUCCGGCCGUUGGCAGCCAUGAGGUCCCGGCUCCUGCUCUCCGUGGCCCGCCUGCCCACCAUCCGGGAGAGCCGGGAGGAGGUGCUGCCCGGGGGGCCCCGGCAGGACGCCCUGGCUUCCCCGAGCCUGGGUGAGCACAGGAGGUCCCUCUGCCAGCUGGCGCAGCCCGCCUCGGCGCUGACUGAGGCUGUGGCCGGGGCCCGGCCCGGCAGACGCCCCUGGCCAGCCCGGGCCGGCAGGAAGAGCGGCCCUCCCCGGUCCCUCCAGGACAUCACCACUCCCAUCAGCGGCCAGCAGCCCCCAGGCACCGCCGAGCCCCUGGGCUGGCUCUUCGGGCAGCCCCAGGAGGAGCAGCCACGGUGCAGGGGCCUGCCAAGGAGGACCAGUCCCUCUGCGGAGCCCUGGGGUCCUCAUAGACCGACGGAGAGCAGCGAGGCCGGGGCGUGCCCCAACGGGAAGCUCUAUGAUGCCAGGGCACCGGGGCGCUGUCCGGGGGGACGGUUAAGGGACUGGCACCAGGGCUCCCGGCACCCCAUCCCGGCCGCGGCCUCCCCGCCCAGCGCGCGCCCCGGCAGCGUCCUCAGAUCUCUCUGUUUGCACCUCCCGGUGAUCCAUGAACUCUGACCUCCCCAAUAAAGGCUCUGUGCAGAG